CCUCGGCAGCAGACAUCAACUCAUCAUGCCGCCCCGAUCGCUUGCCCUCACGAUCCUCGCGCUGGCGGCGCGAGCACGUGCACACGGCUUCAUGUCCAAGCCGCUGCCUCGCCAGUACCGCGACGUGAAGCCCAUCUCGUGGAGCAACUGGCAGGGGAUUGCUGGCACGAACUGGGCGCCUGGCUACGGCAACGUUCAAAAUCUGAACGCUGCCAUUGGAGGUGGCACCAACGGAGGCGCGGAUCCCGACUCGCACGGUCUCUGCGGAGCCUCACUGGACAUAGCGCCCGGCUUCGACUCUGGAGAGUUCGGACAAGGCCCAGUCAGGGCGACCGCCGUGGCGGGCGGCAUUCUCGACGUAGAGAUCACCAUCACGGCAUACCACAAGGGAUGGCACGAGUUUCGGCUCGCGGUGCCAUCCUGCAAGACCUGUUCCUUCGAGGCGGGCGCCGAUGGGGGCCUCUCGCAAGACAAGUUCAACACGCACGUCCUUCAGAUCGCUGCGGGCUCGGACGGAGACUGUGAGCCUGACGCCGACAACUGCCCCGUCCUCGACUACCAGGGCGUCAACAAUGGCGACGGCGGAGGGCGGCCUCUGAAGACGGGCGGGAACGCAGUCGAUCGCUUCGUGCUCGAGAAGGCGCCGAACCAGCUGCUACAGGCGAUCAAGCUCAAAGUGCCUGCGGGCAUUGAGUGCGACGCCUGUGUGCUCCAGUGGACCUAUGUCACCUCAAACUCUCCUUGCGACUGCCUCGCGGGCUCCCCUGGCACUCUCUGCCAAAAUCCUUCGGACAAGGUCUGCUGGGACUUCGUCGGCGGCAUGUGCCCCGGCGGCACCAACCCAUGCGAUGGGUCGGGGCCUGCGCCCUCACCGAGUCCGGCACCAGCGCCGUUGCCAAACCACACCUCAUACUGCGCCAACUACUGGGCGGACGUCAACCCUGGGCCCGCGAAGUGCAUCCCGUGCAACGCAAACACGCCCUGCCAGAACGGCCGUCCGUGCUGGGGCUACUCAGACUGCAAGCCAAACCCCGACGGCGGCAGCCCAAUCCUGUGCGGCGAGACGCCCGACUGCUCGCCCCACUUCAGGAACGAGGACGCGGUCCAAGAGUACCUGACUUACUCUCCGUCACGGGCGUCCAAACUGACCGAGCUCUUUCAGCGCUACGUGGUGGACCACAAUGCUGUCGGGAUAAGCUGCGCUGACUUUGACCAGGUGUGCGCGAAUUGGCACGACCCGGCCUUGGGGCGGGGCCCGACUCUCGGCGCUGGCAGCGAGUACCCACAGAACACCGUCGUCCGCCACUGCUCCUGCGAAGGCCCGGAGCAACUCCCCGCGUCUGUCACUUGCCCGUACCAGAUCGCUUGCCCCGAGGGUUGCCGCUUUGCGCCGGGCCGCGAGCUCGUCGAUUCGUCGGAGGUCUACGUGGCUCACGACAAGCAUCACGACCGCAGCCUCCUCUUCGCGUCCACAAGUGGCUGUCCGGUGGGUUGCGCCGCGGAAUGAAUGAGGGCGCACGCCGAUGCAAGGUUGGGCUUCCAAGAAGUCUUGGUCAGACGUGCUCGUUAGGUCUGUUCCAGCCAGAUGUCCCCUGUUUUCUCUCUCCGAGGCCAGUGAGGUGAUCCAUCAAGUGGCUGUCGAUCUAGUAGGAUCUGCGAGUUCCUCGCCUAGUCGCGCGAGAGGGAGAGAGUCUGUGGGGCAGUCGUUAAUUUUUCUUUAGUUAGUAGUUAGUGAGUCG